AUGUUUGAACGCUCCACAGAGCAACAUCAAGCCAUUAUCACAGCAAUUUGUCUCUCUGGUUGUAAUGCAAUGUGUCUUUCAUCUUCUGAUGUGAGCCUGCUGAAAGCUGCCAUGGCCAUUUUGAAACCCUUUGAGGCAACGACCAAAGAGAUUUCUGCAGACAAGCAUGUCUCCAUUUCUAAGGUGAUACCUCUGGCAAAAUCACUACAACAUUUGACUGGUGCGAUUACAAAAAAGGACACACCCCUGGUUUCCAACCUUAGUUACCAGAUGAGACGCCACUUCACAAAUAUUGAAAGUGCUCGCAUGCUGGUGAUGUCAACCUUACUGGAUCCCUGGAUGAAGAAAUUGGCGUUCAGUGACUCAGCAGCCGUGAGACAGGCAGAGCAGUGGGUAGUUCAGGAGAUGUCAAGGCAUGUCCAGACUAAUGAUUCCAAUGAAGAUAGGCAGCCCAGUAAUACAACUGAAGCAGCUGGCCUGUGGGAUCUCUUCGACUCAGUGGUCAAGCAAUCAACAUCACAAGGAGCCUCAACCAGCAAUGUAACACUGGAAGCCAGAAAGUAUUUUAAGGAACCAGUGCUGGCAAGACUCCAAGAUCCCUUACUGUGGUGGAAGGAGAAUGAGCAAUACUAUGAACUUAUUGCAAAAAUUGCAAAGAAGUAUCUUUGCAUCCCUGGUACAUCUGUUCCUGCCGAAAGGGUGUUCUCUAAAGCAGGGGAGCUAGUCUCCAUGAGGUAUAAUUGGCUGAAGCCAAAGAAUGUGAACAUGUUCUUGUUUUUAAACAAAAAUAUCUGA